AACGCAUGUAUUUUCUGUUAAUCAGCCCGCAGCAGGGACGAGAAGGAUCUGGAAAUAUCAAAAAAGAUACCUAGAAAAAUAUUAUUCCUGCGCCAGUCCCAGUGAUAAAGACCUGUUGGUAAUUGAUAAAUUUGCGACAACGUGGUCGCAUAAUUUCAAUUUCCUGUCCCGACCAAGAAGAUGUCAAGCAGCAGCAGUAGCAGCGCGGCGCCCGCAGGUCGUGUAUCAUCUUCUCCCCCGCCGCCACCAAAGAAGAAGUCCGCCUUCCUCUCGGGUCUUGCGGGCGGCCUGGCGGGGGUCUGCGAGAUUUCCGUCACUAUGCCGCUUGAUACGGUGAAGACCCAGAUGCAGUUGGGCGGGAAGCAUGCGAGUUUCGGGCAAGUCGUGCGAGACCUUGCAAACACGCCGCAGCAGCCUCUCGCAAGCUUUUACCGCGGAUUCACUCCCAUGGUCACCCAGGUAUCCUGCAAAGCGGCGAUACGGUUCGCGGCAUUUCAGCAGUUGAAACUGCUCCUGGACAACAAUUUUGUCGCCGGAGUAGGUGCCGGAAUCGUGGAGGCCGCGGUCUGGGUCACGCCCACCGAGCGGCUCAAGGUGUUGCGACAGGCACAAGGUACACCUACUUCUACUGGUAGUCCACCACCGCCCUCGUCGAUGACCACGCUGGUUCGAGAGCUGCACAAAGCUCAGGGCCUUCCAGGGUUUUUUGUCGGGUUCGUUCCUACCGCGGCGAGGCAGGGCGUCGCGAUGGGCAUCCGCUUUGCGCUGUACGAUAAGGUGAAGAAAAUGCUGGCGGAAAACAAAAGUGUGCAAGAAAUUUGCAGCAAGCCCACCCAGUUGCUCCUCGCCGGGAUGGCGACGGGGGUGGUGUCGGCACUGGCAAACCAGCCGAUCGACACCGCGAAGUCCAGAAUUCAAGCGAGUAUGGGUGGUGGCCAAGGAAAAAACCUCUCGACGACGAAGCAGUACACUGGCACAGUAGACUGCUUGCGGAAGAUGGCGUUGCAGGAAGGCUUUUUAUCCUGGUACGCAGGGUGCGGACCGAGGACGAUGCGGUUAAUGAUCGGCCAAGGGAUCAUCUUCAGCUGCCAAGAAACCAUUUCCGAAUUCCUACAUGCGAAUUUUGCUACUUGAAGGGGGAUGCUGGCGUUUGAUUUAAGUGUUUGUGUUUCAUCCAAGUUGUGCUGCUGUCGUUGAAAAGAUAUAAGAAAAAAAUGAUCUCGCAGCAACCGAAGUAGUAUAUUUAUUUUCUAAAUGCGAUCAUGCAGGUUGUAAGUGCACAGAAUCUGGAUCAUGGUGAGUGCGUCAAGUGUAGAGAAAUCAAAUGGAAGAAAGACAGCACAGCAGCUGCAACUGCAACUGCAAUCGAAGAUCUUUUGAAGUGUCGCUGACCAUGGAAGAUGCUCCUGAAAAAAUCAUGGUGCGAACUCUUCUCUGAAAACUUGAAAAUGAUUGCUCCGCGAGGCCUCAGCGGCUUUGUCUGUCGUUCGAUCAGAU